CCUGGCCGCGUCNCCGCCGCCGCGAGCGACGUCGUGUUCACGAUGGUCGGCCACCCCGCCGACGUGCGCGCCGCGCUGCUCGACCCCGCGUCCGGCGCGCUCGCCGCGCUCCCGCGCGGCGGCGUCCUCGUCGACUGCACCAGCAGCGACCCCGCGCUCGCGCGCGCGGUCGCCGCCGCGGCGCGCGCGAAGGGGUGCUGGGCCGUGGACGCGCCCGUCUCCGGCGGCGACGUGGGCGCCCGGGAGGGGACCCUCGCGAUCCUCGCGGGCGGGGACGAGCGCGUCGUCGCGUGGCUCGCGCCGCUCCUCGGCCGCCUCGGGCGCGCGACGUGGAUGGGCGCGCCCGGGACGGGCCAGAGCGCGAAGAUCGCGAACCAGAUCGCGGUGGCCGGCGCGGUGGUGGGCGCGGCGGAGGCGGCGUCGUUCGCGCGCGCGGCGGGGCUCGACGCCGCGACGUUCAUGGAGGCGGUGGGCGCCGGCGCGGCGGGGUCGAGGGUGGCGGAGAUCUUCGGGCGGAGGAUGGUGGAGAGGGACUUCGCCUCGGGUGGGUUCGUCGAGUACAUGGUGAAGGAUCUCGGGAUGGCGUUGGGGAGAGGAGUCGAAGAAGCUGAGGAGGAGGAGGAGGACGACGACGACGACGCGAAAGAGAAGGGGGCGGUGGUGGUGCUUCCCGGCGCAGCGCUUUUCCAGAAGCUGUUUCUGGGAAUGGUGGCGAACGGGGACGGGAAACUGGGGAUGCAGGGCGUCAUCACCGUGAUCGAGAGGAUGAAUGGGUUAUAUUUUCGUGAUCUUGGAAUAAGGCUUUGGUGUUUAUGUUGCGAAAUGGUGUUGCUUUGUGAAUCUCAACUCUUGGAUAUUUAUAAACCAUUCCACCUCUCUCUCUCUCUCUCUCUCUCUCCACAUUUCAAAAUCUUAUCCCUUUCCCUCUUAAUCCCCCACUCUCCGAGAGAAAUGGCUCUUGGAGCUCAAAUUGGAACCCUCCCAAUCCAACCCUUCUCCACCCUCAAUCGCCACUCCGAUUCCGCUCUCCUCCUCCGACACAACCCCCAGACCCUUCUUCGUCUCCGCAGCAACCCCCGCCGCCGCUUUGGCUCCGCGCGGAGUGCCCCGGCUUUGCUCGCGGCGAGAGCUUCGGCUUCGAGCUCGAAGGAGCUCGUUCUUAGAGAUUUUCGGGACAAAAAAGCUCUAAAGAUCAUCUCUGGUCUUCAGAAUUUCGACAAGGACAGAGUUGCUUCGGUUGUUAUAGCAGCAGAUCAGGGAGGUGCCACUCAUGUUGAUAUAGCAUGCGAUCAGGAGUUGGUGAAACUUGCCAUGAACUUAACCUCUCUUCCGAUUUGUGUGUCCUCUGUCGAUCCCCUAGCAUUCGCUCCUGCAGUUGAAGCAGGUGCUCAAAUGAUUGAGAUCGGAAAUUACGAUUCAUUUUAUGAGCUCGGUAUCCAGUUUUCUCCGGAGCAGAUACUAAAGCUGACACAAGAGACAAGGAGGAUUCUCCCGUUCCUCACACUAUCAGUCACCAUACCUCACACACUAAGUCUCCCUGAUCAGGUGAAGCUUGCUGAGCUUCUCGAAGAGGAAGGCGCUGAUAUAAUCCAGACCGAAGGUGGAAAAUGCUCUACUCCCACAAAGCCUGGUGUUCUUGGCUUAAUUGAGAAGGCAACACCUACAUUAGCAGCUGCGUAUUCCAUUUCUCGGGCGGUCACCGUUCCAGUAAUGUGUUCAUCUGGACUAAGUGCUGUUACCGCACCAAUGGCCUUAACAGCAGGAGCAGCUGGUGUGGGUAUUGGUUCGGCAGUAAAUAAGCUCAACGACGUGGUGGCGAUGAUUGCUGAGGUGAAAAGCAUCGCAGAGGCGCUGGGCCUGUCGACUAAGGAUGUAACUAAAGAUUCAACUACUGUUAGUCUUUAGGGCAGGAUUAUGUUUUGCGGCACAAAAAAUAAAUACAGAAUGUACCAAGAAUGCUUCACGAAAGUAAGAAAGUUGAAUAGCGGUUUCAUUUAAAAUUUCUUUUUCUUUUUCUUUUUUCGUGAGAGUUUUGAGGAAGCAAAAGGUAGGUUGUUUUGAAUGUGAGACAGUAAAUAUUGAAAUCAAUUAUCUUGAGUUAAUGUUAUUUGCAUAGAAAUGUAUGAA